CCUACGCUGUGCCUGCCUGAAAUCCAGUCUCCUCAGACCGCUCAGCACGCACAGACGUGUGUUCCCUGCUCUUCUGACUUUCGCUUUCUUCCUUCUAAGAUCCCCGAGGUGGUUGUGGACGGAUUUACUUCAAAGGAGGAUGCAGGAAGCCAAAUCAACCCCUCUGAGAUGUUAGUGAGGGAUGAUGAUGGGCCAGAGACGGAAAUCCAGCAAGUUGUAGUGGUUUGUGAACCCCCCUGGACACCGCACUAGCAGCAGCUAUACUGACAGAGCCAUGCCACCACUGCUGUCCUGAUCCUCCUCCCUGACCCCUGACUCUUUCUUUGGUCGCACAAGACUCUCAGCAGACUAUUAGCAUGGCCUCUCCCUUCAUGUGGAAGCUGUCCUCACAAAAGCUCGGCUUCUUCCUGGUAAGCUUCGGCUUCAUCUGGGGCAUGAUGCUGCUGCAUUUCACCAUCCAGCAAAGGACCAGCCAUGAGAACAGCGCCGUGCUGCGGCAGCAGAUCCUGGAUCUGAGUAAGCGCUACAUUAAAGCGCUGGCGGAGGAGAACCAAAGUGUUAUGGAUGGUCCCUAUGUGGGAACCAUGACAGCGUAUGACUUGAAGAAGACUCUCGCGGUGCUGCUGGAUAACAUCAUGCUGAGACUUGGCAAGCUCGAGUCAAAGGUGGAGAACAUUUAUAACGGUACUGGAGCUAAUUUGACCAACGGCAGCGGCACGGCCACCCCCAGUGCCUCAAACCCAGAAAAAGUGAAUGUUGCCGACCUCCUAAACGGAGCCCAGGAGAAAUGCGAGCUGCCGCCUCUGGACGGUUUUCCUCACUGCGAGAGCAAGCUGAAUUGGAUGAAGGAGAUGUGGCGCUCUGACUCAUGCUAUGCCAGCUAUGGUGUGGAUGGAUCCACCUGCUCCUUCUUCAUUUACCUCAGCGAGGUGGAAAAUUGGUGUCCUCGUCUACCCUGGAGGCUGAAGAUCCUGAAUGAGGAAAUUGACCGGUCUGGGCAGGCGGAGAUCCGGACCAGUUUUGGGGGGCUUUAUCGCUCCAUGUCCCAACGGGAGGAGUUUCGCUGGAUGAUGAUGAGAAUCAAACGGAUGGCCGAGCCGUGGCUGAGCGCCAUCCGCUCUCUGGCCACCAAGCAGAACCUGACCAAGCGGAGGAAGAAGAAGAUCCUGGUUCACUUGGGCCUGCUCACCAAGGAGUCAGGCUUCAAGAUAGCAGAAAACGCCUUCAGCGGUGGCCCGUUGGGGGAGUUGGUCCAGUGGAGUGAUCUCAUAACCACGCUGUACCUCCUGGGCCAUGAUGUUCGCAUCUCAGCAUCCCUGGCUGAACUCAAAGAGAUCAUGCGUAAGGUGAUGGGUAAUAAAUCUAGCUGCCCCACCCAAGGUGAUAAGGUGGUGGAGCUCAUUUACAUCGACAUCGUGGGUCUCACCCAGUUUAAGAAGACCCUAGGGCCUUCCUGGGUCCACUACCAGUGCAUGCUGCGUGUGCUGGAUUCCUUUGGUACGGAGCCAGAGUUUAACCACGCCCACUACGCCCAGUCAAAAGGUCAUAAGACGCCGUGGGGGAAGUGGAACCUCAACCCACAGCAGUUCAACACCAUGUUCCCUCACACCCCAGACAACAGCUUUUUGGGCUUCGUUGUGGAGCAGCACCUCAACGCCAGCGAUAUUAGGCACAUCGACGACAUCAAGAGGCAGAACCAGUCACUCGUCUACGGCAAAGUUGACAACUUCUGGAAGGACAAGGAGAAGUACCUGGACAUCAUCCACGGCUACAUGGAGGUCCACGGGACAGUGCAUGGCACCAGCACCGUGAACCUGCCCAGCUACGUCAAGAACCACGGCAUCCUGAGCGGCCGAGACCUGCAGUUCCUCCUCCGAGAAACCAAGUUGUUUGUGGGUCUGUCGUUCCCCUACGAGGGUCCUGCCCCGUUAGAGGCCAUCGCCAACGGCUGCACCUUUCUGAACCCCAAAUUCACCCCUCCGAAGAGCAGCAAAAACACAGACUUCUUCAAAGGCAAACCCACUCUGAGAGAGCUGACCUCUCAGCAUCCGUACGCAGAGGUGUACAUCGGUCAGCCCCACGUGUGGACGGUGGACAUCGAGAACUCUGCUGAGGUGGAGAGGGCCCUCCGGUCCAUACUCAGCCAGAAGAUUGAGCCCUACCUGCCCUACGAGUUCACCUGCGAGGGGAUGCUACAGAGAGUCAACGCCUUCAUUGAGAACCAGGACUUCUGCCACGGUCAGGUCAUGUGGCCCCCCCUCAGCGCUCUGCAGGUCAAAAUGGCUGAGCCGGGUCAGUCUUGUAAACAGGUGUGUCAGGAGGCGCAGCUCAUCUGUGAACCCUCCUUUUUCCAGCACCUCAACAAGGACAAAGACCUGGAAAGGUUUGAUGUCACCUGUCAUACGGUGGAGUCCAGUGGCGAUACGGUGGUCCCGGCCUACAGCGAAACUCGCCACCACUGCGUCUUCCAGUCAGACCUGCUGCUUUUCAGCUGCGCCGGCGCCCACCAGACACUGCGGCGCAUCUGCCCCUGCCGCGACUACAUGAAGGGCCAGGUGGCGCUCUGCAAAGACUGCCUAUAGCACCUACAGCCUGGUGGAGUGCAGUGAGGAGGGGGUUGGAAUGAGAAGCAAGCUGGGUGUGGGAGUAGACAUGAAAAACUUUCUAAGACUGUGUUUGUUCUUCAUAUUUAUUAUUUUACCCCCAGCUGCAGGACGAGACACACUCCUGUACCCAACCAGAGCUCCUGUCAACUCUGAUUCACCAGCAGGGGGCGCCGAGACUCCAGGAAACUGGUGACUUUACUUGAAUGAACAAAGGGAGUUGGGUCAGACUUUAAAUCCACAGCUCAUAUCAGUGAAAGCCUUUCUGCACAGGCAGGAAACAAAAGGACUCUACCGCCCCCUACUGACAGCCACUCCAACUCCUCCAUCCAUUCCUCCUGUUCAAAUCUAACAAUGUUAUUCUUUAGGUAGGUUGCACUGGACUGGAUACAAACACACUCGUAUAAGCUGAAGAACAACUCAGUUUUACACUGUAACCAUCUUGUUCCUCUUUUCUGCACAAAAUGAUGGAGGUGUCAUUGGUGAAGGUAGAUAUCUAGAUUUUUAUUCUUCGAGUUUUAUCGGGCCCAGGAACACCCCCUCCCAUCCUCUUUUACAAGGUUUUAAGGUCCAGAAUUGGAACAGUCUCCAUUAGUCUUCAUUUUUAUUUGCUUAAGUUGCACAUUUGCGUUAAGGAUGACUGUGUGUGUGAGAAAGAGAGAUUCUGCAAAACGCCAGUAGAGAAUUGUGAAAAUGUUGCUGCACAUCAUCUGAUCCCUGCCACGGGGUGGAAGAGGAUCAGGGUAGGGGGGCCCAGUGAGGGUCAUUCUGUGGCUAGCGCUGUAGUGCACGGGGUCGCCAUGUGGUAGGAUGUUGUGACGUGUUGUAGAUGAUAGAACAUUGUCAGUGAGGUGAUAACACAGUGAAAUGCCACAGCCUGCAGAGAAACGCGUUAACCUUACAGCCAUCCAUCCGUGUCUUCAUGUACACCAGCUGUCUAAACUCGUAGAAAAUGUUUGUCCAGCAAACUAAGCAGCAAAAUCACGCCAACAAUGCGUUCCUGCAGCGCAGAACCUUCCUGUUUUUCUGGGAUAAUCAUUAGAAUUUUAAUUUGCCUGCCAACUAAGAAACGAUUAAGAAAAUGAAUUUGUAGUUCUUGUGAUAAAUGGAAUAAAAUGCACUAUGGUAAUCUAUUUGCAGAGGUUUAUAAAGAUAUUAGUGACACUGUAUAUUGUUCAUAUGAGUUGAAAGUUUUCUUUUGUAUUUAUUUUGUAUGCAGAUCUUUAUGGCUGUGUUUUGCUGGAAAUCUUUAUUUAUAACAAGGAUGUCUUCUUUUUUUCUGUUUAAAGAUUUUAUUUAUGGAGGGUAAUUUAAGAAACAAACUAUCAUAAAAUCAAGAUGAGGAGGUUUGUCUGCAACUCUUCAGCCUUUAGAAGUGAUAUGAGACCAAAAAAAUGCUUUGGAUGUUUCAUGAGGUAUUAAUGUGCCAUUUGGAUUACAUUUUUCCCCCUCAUUCUGCUUUGUAAAAAUAACGCCCCUUAACCUUCUGCUCAACUGCAAUCUUUAAUGCAUUUUAUCAGGCUUUUCUUUGAUCGACCAGCACAAAGUAGCAAAUACAAACUAUAGUGACGGACUGCAACUCUAGGGUAUAUCUCCACCAGCACAUCUAGAGACAGAAAUGUUCUGUGAACUUCAAGUCUGAUUCUCUGUUGUAUUGAGGUGUGGACACUGAUUAGGCCAUUGUAGCACACGAAUGUGCUUUGAUCUAAACCAUGCCAUUGCAGCUCAUGCUGUAUGUUUAGGGUUGUCCUGUUGGAAGAACAUCUGUCCAAAGUCUUGCCGGAUUGCCCCGUAUUUGUGCUGCGUUCCAUUAACCUGGGAAGUCGGAGUUUACAUCAUCUCUGAGUUGUGGCGUUUCAGUUUUCCUGCUCAUUUUCAUUCGUAUUGCUAGCAACUAUGACAGUAACACUGUUCUAUGCGGUAUUUCAUGCGUUGAAACAUCUCAUGAACACUAAAAAGUAGAACCUGUACAACUGACUAAAUGUUAUAUAAAUAAUAAACUGCUAAAAACAGUCACAGUAAGAACGUUUUACUACUAUUGAUGCAGGUAGCAACCAUCUCGAAUGCAGAAGUUGUGUAUGGUCGUGUUGCCCCAACUUUCGCGGGUGUUCCAGUUGAAAUUUCCUACUUGGAGGUCAGUAAUUUCGACUUCUGAUGGAACGUGGCAUUAAAUUUCUGUCCCUGCUGAAAAAAAGCAUCCCCCACAGCAUGAUGCACCCACCAGCUGUGUAUUGAGAUGUUUGUUCACUUUUGUUCUACACACAAAUAUACUCCAUUUACUAAUUACAUGACCUCAGAAGACGAGUUGCACUGACUUCUAUGUAGGGUUAUCACAGUUAAAGUUUAAAUAAAAAGGUCUUUCCUAAAUUUUAUUACUGAAAACCUUUAAAAGCCAUGUAUUAUUUCCUUCCAUUUUAGUGAAGCACUACUUUGUGUUGGUCUAUCAGAAUAAAUCCUAAUAAAAUCCAUGGAAGUUAUUUGACACAAUGUGUUGAGGCUUCAGGGGUUUGACCAUUUUUGAAAGGCACUGUAUGUUUUAUUAUGAAACACAGAAGUGGGUAAAUUAUUAGCCUGUUUCUGUCUCAUCACUGUCUCUUUAAGACUGAUAGUAGCGGACAAAUGUGCCUUAUUUUAUUCCAACAGGAGCAGGAGCUUCAAACAUUUUGGGCUAUUUUCUUCAUGCUUCACUUUCUAACUUUUUGCUCAGACUGUUUUAUUUUCCUUUAACUGGUCCGUUAUCUGCUGCCAAGUUAGCAUUUGUUUUAAUACAUAAAUGUGCCUUUUGGUGCUUUCAGUUUGGGUCUGCCUCAACCAUUUACAUGUUUAAUAGUAAUUACAUUACCCAAUAAACAGGAGUAAUUGGAUUAUAGCAGCAGAUGUAGAAUGGUUGCCUUUAACUGAUUAGUCACAGAAGUCUUCAGCUGAGCACACGUGACCCUAAUGGGUUUGAGCAACUGUGAGGCAAACCCGUUUUAAGUUGCAACCAAAAGCCUUAUUUAGUUAUUCAAACCUCACAUCCUCAGUUGUCUUGCCUCUAGAGAUCUGCUCUGAGCACCAACCAUAUCUUGUUUUACAGUCAAACAGGUUCAUUUGUUUUUCAAGCUGGAUAUUGUUUGAAGCUCUGUUAGCAUCCAGUGUCUGAAUUCAGCAGAACCGUGAUGAUUGUGGUCCAAUCGGCCAAAAGGUGAACAGUGACAUUUUGUUUGUUCUCACUGAGGGAAACGGCUUUAUUUUUAAAUAAAUCUUUUUUCUGUGA